CUGCCCACUUGUGCAAAUGCUCUCGAGUUCUUAUUCAUUUAUUCAGUUCAUGGGUGCCAGAGCACCGCCCGCCGCGACGUGACCACAGACUUUACCCCCGGUCUGGAUGCACCGCCACGCAAAGGUUGCCUGCGCUUAUCUCAAGCACUUUGUUCUACUGAUACUGGCUAUCGAGCAGCAUCGAAGUACUUUCAAUAACGUUCAUCAUUCUUAUCCGGUCUCUUACGGCUUUUUUGUACAUCAGACACAACCAUGGGCCAGUCAUGGAGCGGUCAGCGAACGAUUCAAGCAGCUUAUGAGCGACGUGGAAAGAAAGUCGCCUUGAAAUCGAGACAAUCAAAAGACAAAAGCAACUACGAUGGAGACUACUAUUUCUCACCUAACGCAGAUGCGUCCGAACGGUACCGGUAUAGCCAAGCAGCCUCCAACAGCGUGACAGCCAAACCUGGACAUGCAGGUCGCAAGUCAGCCUCUUCACAUACAUCACACCCUGCCCACGUAAAAGCCAUAGGAAAAGCCAAGAAAGAACGACCAUCACCCUCUGACAGACAUCGAACCAAGAAAGAAGCUCCAAAGAAGCCCAGGUCCAGCCACACACACGACAAAACACCCGGAAGAAGGAGCACAAAACACAACUCGAUCCACCGAGUAGACAGCCACCACCAAAACGAUGAGCAUUAUUCCAAGAAAGAAAGGAAAGAAUGCGCAGUUUGUACAGACGCACUCUCACUACACCACUUCCCCGACCGGCCCCCCACGAAGAACUGCAAACACAGCGUCGACGUAUGCCGAAAAUGCCUGCGCACAUGGAUCGCUUCAGAAUCCAGCGCGAAAAUGUGGAAUGACAUAACAUGCCCUAUAUGUAAAACGCAACUGCGAACGGCUGAUAUGAGAGAGUUUGCGCCGAAAGAUAUUUUCAAACGCUACACGACCCUCUCCUCCCGUGCAAAAGCCGAGUCACGCCCCGGCUUCCGCUGGUGUGGCCUCAAAGGCUGUAAAGCAGGCCAAGUGCACCUACCCAACUACCCCAGUUUCCGGUGCAACACCUGCGAAAAGACGUCUUGUGUUGUUCAUAAUGUGGCAUGGCAUAAGGGGGAGACGUGUGCAGAGUACGAUUACAGGACGAAUGGGAAGCUGAAGAAGGAAGAGGAAGAGGCGAGUAGGAAGGUGGUGGAGAAAACGACGAAGGCGUGUCCCGGGUGUAAGAGGCCGAUUGAGAAGAACAGGGGCUGUGAUCAUAUGACGUGUGCGAAAUGUCAUGUUCACUUUUGCUGGAAGUGUAUGAAGCCGUAUUACUCAUCGAGCACUCUUGCGCGCAACACUGGAGAGCAUUGUCUUUGUCAUGGGAUUCGGGAAGGCUGAUUCACUAUACGCGGUUAUUUGGGAAAGAAGGA